AAUAACCAUUAGUACAUAAUAAAAGACCAAAAAAAUAAAAUAUACAGAGACGUCGGCACUUGAGUCCUCGAGGCACCAGACUACAACUCGGGAAAAUAGAGACGAUAAGCCGCUCUGUUGUGACUUGCUCCUCGUGUUCUCCUUCGCUCUCCGGGAAUAAAACCAAUCCACGAUGGGACAACUAGACCUAGACAAUCCAGUGUUCGUGAGUUAUGUCUUCUACUCGGCUAUCCUGGCCCUCAAGAUGCUGCUCAUGGGACCCAUCACUGGCUAUUACCGGAUUACCAAGAAGGUGUUCGCCAACCCAGAAGACGCAGCGAAGUUCAAUGCCAAGGAAGUGAAGAUGAACGACGCAGACGUGGAGCGCGUGCGCAGAGCCCACCAGAACGACUUGGAAAACAUCCCCAUUUUCUGGGUGGUGGCCCUCCUCUUCGUGCUCACAGGCCCCUCGGAAACUACGGCCCGCUACGUUUUCCGCAUCUACACCAUCGCCCGCAUCCAGCACACGGUCAUGUACUUGAAGAGCAGCGGCAUGCGUGGGAUCGCCUACGGUGUCGCUCUGGCACUGAAGCUCUUCAUGGCGGUCACGGUCAUCUAUACUUUCUGGUAAAAUUUGGCGUGGGUUGCUGGACAUUGUUUUUUUUAUUAUUUUUUUAUUUUUAUUUUUAUUGUUGUCUAUGUAGUUGAUUUUUAUUGUUUGUAUUAAUGACAUUGUUGGUUUUGUUGCUGUACUUAUUUUCAUGAUCGUUACCUUGUUGUUUUGUUAAUGUUAUUAUUAUUAUUAUCAUUGUAAUUUCUUUAAUUAUUAUUACGAUUAUCAUUAUAAUUUCUUUAAUUAUUAUUACUAUUAUCAUUGUCAUUUUUCAGUUUAUUAUUACUUUUAUCAUUAUCAUUUUAAAAUUUAUUAUUACUAUUAUCAUUGCCAUUUCUUUAAUUAUCAUUACUAUUUUCGCUGUCAUUUAUUUCUUUAAUUAUUGUUUAACUUUGGGGAAAGGGGGAAGGGGUUUGAGGAUAAUUUAAGUAUGUUUCUUGACGGUAUUCUCUGUCAAACAAUUAAGCCAUUGAAACCUCACUGUGUACUGCCAUCUUUUGUAAUCUUUAUACAAUCUCGUUUAUUUCAUUUCUCUUGUAUUUUCCUAGUUUGAUAAGCAAGAAAGGAAAGUGCACUUGUUAAAAAAUCACGUUAGUACAUUAAAUUACUGUGCGUUCAAUAAAGUUGGCAAAAUAACCGUAAA